ACGUCUAUAUAAACUUGCCUCUGCAGCCUCUGUGUCACCAAUUCACCAUUCACCACAACAAGCUUAGCUCAUUUGCAUGCAACACAUUCCAAGAACAGAACCACUUGACAGCAAGGUGCCAAUGGCGUCGCAGGCCAUCGAGAGCCACCGAGCUGGCGCAGAGGUCUUCAAUGGCGACGCCACCUGCAGGAAGAAGUCCGCCGAGCUGCUGGAGGAGCUGGGCCUCCCCAAGGGCCUGCUCCCCUUGGAGGACAUCCAGGAGUUCGGGUACAACCGGGCCACGGGGUUCAUGUGGCUGGUGCAGGGGAGGAAGAAGUUGGAGCACACGUUCAAGAAGAUCAAACAGACAGUGUCCUACGCGUCUGAGGUGACGGCAUUUGUUGAGAAGGGGAAGCUGCGAAAGAUCACAGGUGUAAAGACCAAGGAGCUGAUGCUGUGGCUCAGCGUUGUUGAUGUCUAUGUUCCCGAGGCCUCGCCGGAGAAGGUCACCUUCAAGACCGGCACCGGCCUCUCCGAUAGCUUCGACGCCGCUGCCUUCGCACUAGGAGAGUGAUCAAGGAGUCAGUUGAGGUUGAGGUUGAGGUUGAGGUUGAACGGAAAUGGUGACGAGCACACAACCGUAUGUACUAUAUAUCGAUAUUAAAGCUGCUACUUGUAUCUUUCUAUCAGAAAUAUUAUGUAUAACACAGUGUAGUUGUGUUUCCUUCA